GUGUGUUCAUGUGUGGGCAUAUCUGAUUAGGACCAAAAGAUGUGUAAAACAUAGGGAGUGAGGACAUUUUGGGAACGAGUCUUCUUAUUUUGUCACCACUUAAAAAAUGGCUUAAGACAUGGUUUAAGGGUUAGUGUUAGACAUUAAGUUGUGAUGGUUAGGGUUAGGGUAAGGGGCUAUGUAAUGUUUUAUGUCAUUUAAGUGUGUCCUAGCGCUACUGCCUAAAAUAAUAAAACGAUAAAUGAUUCAAAAGCUUUUACUUGAGGGUUUAUACAUUGACGUUCUGAAUACUAUAUUUAAACUGCUGAAAUUGUUAAAUAAUGCAAGUAUACACAUGAAUGCGUGCAUACUUUAAUGUGCUUUUGUUUGAUACAGGUUCGAGUGAAGGUAACAAAAACUAAAUGGUGCUGUUGUGUGUUUGUGUGAAAAUCAGGGUCUUACUCUGUUAUGAACAGCAGGGGGCAGACUUCACUGCAUGCCUCAGCUCUGUGAUGCACUACAGGCCCAAAGUCUUUAUGGGGCCCUAAGCUGAAUUUGAUUUUAAUUAUAGUUGGGUUAUUUACACCAAAUCAGUGUCGCUCUAAUUAUUAUUUUUUACCUUUUUAGAGGGAAGAAAAGUCACGAAAGCGGCUUUGUAUUAAUUUGCACUUUAUUAUUCAAAGUGAAGCACUACAAAGUGAUGCUUUAAUUAAUUCAACAAGUAAACCACUUUAAUGAGGUUUUUUUUAUUAAACUUCGAACAGCUUCAACUCCAAAAUAAAACCAAAACACUUAAGCUCAACACUAUUUAGACUAUUUAGAUUUAUUUAGAACAUGUUAAAAUGUGUUUUUUCUCCACACACUGUUGCUUGAUUCCUCUGUUACAGAAAAAUGAAAAUGUGGAGGCAUCUAAACGGCAAGCGCUCGCAGCCUUUUCCUCCCACAAAUAACCUGCAGUUAAGUUGUGCCACGUAUUGACUGGCUGUUUGUUUUAGCUGCACAUUCUGAAGUCCAGUGAUUCUCUGCUGAUUAGUUGGAUAAAUAAACACACACCAUCGAGAGACACAAAGAUAGGGUCAGAACUUUGCUCUUUUAGCUUUGUGUGUGUGUGUGGAUUUUUUUUUUUUGUGUUUAUCUGUUUAUUUUCUUUUUCUUUUAACUCCCCGUCAAUAUGGAGCUUGUAUGUAACUGAGUUGUAGCGUGUGCAGCUGUGGUGGAGGUGAGACAGGUUGGCAAAGUGACAGAGACAGGAUGCAGAAAGUCGUGAGUCUGGUUCCUCUGUUGAUCCUGGGGUCAGUCUGGAUCCAUCAUGUGGCCCUGGAAACUCUUAGCCUCAUACAGGAGGACUUUGAUCUGGACCGGUUCAUGGGGAAGUGGUUUGAGUUGACGGUGGCCUCCACCUGUCCUUACUACCUUCAGCGUAAGAGGGCAAACCCCGUUAUUCUUGCACUACAGAUGCAACAUGUUGCCUCGGGGAGCAACUUUACACUGAUGUCAACCACUUUCAGGGAUGGCUCCUGUAAGACGUCGUCUGUGGAUUAUGCUUUGACGGACACUCCUGGACGAUUCUUCCACCAUGUUGCCAGAUUCGAAGCAGACGUCGAUUCCUACGUGGUGGAAACCGACUAUGACGAGUAUGCGCUGUUGUUCCAGCUGAGCACAGAAAAACCGUCGGGAAAUGUAACUCGCAUAGUCAAGCUUUAUAGUCGAACCGUGGACGUGAGCCGGCCGUCGGUGCUGGACGACUUCAACGCGCUGGUGAGGCAACAUGGAAUGGGUGACGACGCUGUCGUCGUGAAUCACAUAAAAGGUGAAUGUCCUCCUGCUUCAACUUCUCAGUCUCAGGUCCCUGAAAGCAAAAUGGCGUCAUGAUUCCACACACCUGUGUCUGCAAUAAAAACAAAAAGUCACCA